AUGUAUUUAAACAACUUAAUCAAGCUGAAGGUUGAAAAUUCAACUCUACUUAAGGAAUUUCGUGAAGGUGCAUUUGGUAUUAGACGCACAAAAUCAUGCUUAGGCAGAUCACCUGUCGACUUGACUUUGGAGCAGACGAUUAAUGCUGAUGCCGCCGCAAAAAUAUCAGCGAUCGAAGACCCCGAAGGCCGCGUCGUGGGUGGGACAGACGCACCAGAUGGGGCUCUGCCAUACCAAGUAUCUCUACAGCGUUCAGAUCAAAAUAACUUCGCAUUCUGUGGUGGCGCCAUCAUUGCUAACAGAUGGAUCCUCACUGCAGCACAUUGCCUCCAAGGCGUAUCGGCAAAAGAUUUAAGCGUUUUGGCAGGAACAAACAGCAAAAGGUCUGGAGGUAUCAGAUACAAAGUUGACAAAAUUAUAAAUCAUGAAAAAUAUACCAAUAGACCGAAUGUUAAUGAUAUUGCUCUGUUGAGAACCACAGAGAACAUUAAAUUUACCGAAAAAGUUAAAGCUAUCGAAAUAGCCACGGAAGACCCCAAACCAGGAGACUUGUGUAAAUUAUCUGGAUGGGGAUUCACCACCCAAAAUAAAAGAAGGAGUCCCGACAGAUUGCAAUGGUUGGACGUAAAAAUUAUAUCCGAGAAAGACUGUAAAACUUCUGAUUUGAAACGCUUUGAAAAGAUUUUCCCUAUUACUGAAAACCACAUCUGUACUCUUAACAAGAUAGGCGAAGGUACUUGCCAAGGUGAUUCUGGUGGAUCCUUGGUGUGCAACAACAAAUCUUGUGGUAUAGUCUCAUGGAACAUUCCGUGUGCUCGUGGAAAACCUGAUGUCUACACGAGAACCACCAAAUAUUCCACUUGGAUUAAGGACAACAUGGAGGCAAAUAAGCCCUAA